AUGCCCUCACUGCCCGUCUCCAUCUGUGCUCACCAGAGAGAACUUGCAAGCAAAAUUAAGACAGAAAAUCUGAAAGGGGUGGUGUCGGCCAAAAAUGACAUCCGCGUGGAGAUUGUUCACAAAGACCAUAAUGCAGCGAGAGAGAACGAAGAGCACACGUCCAUGAAACAGCUGAUGGUGAGUGUUGAAAGGGGAGAGUUUCAGCAGGAGUCAGUUCUGAAGCAGCUGGAGGUGUUACAGGAGGAGGAGAAGGAGUAUCAGCACAUAAAGGAUCCAACAAAUGGGUACUACAGUGUGAACACAUUUAAAGAGCAUCACACGCCCACAAUGACAGGCAGUCAGCCGGCCGAGGCGAGAAACCCCACCAGCACUGGCACUCUGGGGAAGCAGAGGGUUCCCACAGGAAUGUCCUUCAACAACAUCUACUCCACUCUGGGCGCUGGCUCCAACCGCCUGUACGACUACAGCCAGCGCUUCGUGCUGGGCAUGGGCAGCAGCUCCAUCGAGCUGUGCGAGCGAGAGUUCCAGCGCGGCUCCCUCAGCGACUCCAGCUCCUUCAUUGACACUCAGUGCGACAGCAGUGUGAGCAGCUACAGUAAACCAGACGGAUAUGUGCAGUUUGACAAAGACAGUAAAGUGUCCGCCUCCUCCUCCUCACACUACUCCCAGUCAUCUUCCCAGAACUCAGACCUGACGCGGCCUCUGCAGAAGAGAAUGCAGACUCAUGUCUGA